AUGUUGGAAAAGGAAGAGAAAAAGAAGGAGGAAAGUCGGGCCAGGGAUGAAGAGAAAGUAUGUGAAGAGGCCAAAAAACAAGCAGCGGUGGAACAAAUACAGGAACAAAUACAGGGGGAGAAGAGAGACCAAAUGCUGCAAGCUGUUUCAGCUCACAAUGAAGCGCAGAUGCGUGAAAAGGUGCAGAAGCAGCUGGAGGAGAAGCCGAGAGAUCUUGAGCUGAUUGAGGCCCAGAAAGAGGACAACAGGUUGUACUUUGAAAGGGAAAGCCAGAAAGCUAAAUCUGCGAGGGCAAGAAACAUCCAAUUUUCUGAUGGUAAUGUCAAAUUACACGCACAGAGACGUGCCAUUCAGGAACAGCAGAGAAAGGAGGCCAAGGAAGCUGAAAAAAGGCAAGCAAAAGCUUUAGCUGCUGAGGAGAAAGAGUUCAAAGAGUAUGCUGAGCGUGAAUUACAAAAGGCCCGAGCCUCUGGACGAAUUGUUCUCAACACAAAUAAAGCGCCUUCAAGGCUGGAGAACAAAUGUAAGGAUGAUCGGCCACAGAGCUUUCUCCCACCUAUCAACUCAUCGCCACCUCCUGCAUACAUACACUGCGAAUCUGCUGGAGCAAAGUGCACAGAGGCUUUGCCUAAAACUGAGGCCAAAGGCACUCCACAUAUUGUCAACCUUACCUUAGGUACUCCCAAGGCAAAUGGAGUACCAGCAAGGCUGACAUGUAACAAACUGGAGUUGACCAAUGACCUGAAGCCCAGUCCCCCACCCCAGCCCAGACAAAAAACGGAAGCAUUCAGACACAUGGACGGACCUACAGCUGCUGAUACAAGGGAACCCUUACUGAGGUAUAGUACACGGGAAACCCGUCGAAUCAGACGAAAACAGGAUAGCUGUGCUUUACUCAAAGAUUUCCCCAUAAGCUCUGCCCCAUACAGGGGGGGCUUUACGAAAUAUGAUACUACAAAAACCUACACCACCCAGAAACUGCAGUUGGCCAAAGACCUGAAGCCCAGUCCCCCACCCCAGCCCAAAAAAAAAACAAAAGUAUUCAGACAAAGGAGGUACAUCCAUCCACAAUGA